UGAGCGUGUGUCCCAGAGUAGGAGUGUGAAAGUGCAGGGUCCCAGUCUCGGUACGGUGCUGAUCUGAACCAAGCAGGGAGGGGUUCAGGGAUUACAUUAGGGUCCAUCGCCACAGCAACCGCCUGACAACAUCCAGGUGAAAACCAGUGUUCUGCUUACAGGACUUCCCUGAACAAAAUGUCCAAACAGCCUUCUUCCAAUGUUAAAGCCCUACAGGCUAACUUAAAUAUCCCGAUGGGGGCACUUCGCCCUGGAGCUGGGAAUCCUGUCAGGAGGAAAGAGGAGACAGUGGAUCAGGAGGAGGCCUCGCCCCAGUCCUUGCCUAUGUCUUCUGAGGAGAAAAAGCAGCUACCCGGUGCCAUAAAGCUGCCAGGUCCGGCUGUCAACCUGUCUGAAAUCCAGAAUGUGAGGAGCGAACUCAGAUGGGUCACAAAGGACUAGAUCACAGAUUCAAGCUUGCCACACUCCCACAAAUACAUAUAUGCACAUAUCAAACCCAUUCUGGAACUGCAAAACCACUGAUAUCACUGAUGUAUGGCUCAGCCCUCUUCAGAAGAUCACAUGGACGGGGGCAAAGCUUCACAUCUUAUGUCACAGACUGAAUAAAAAUAACCAAGAACAGACACACCACCUUUUUGAGAACUCUGAAGACCACCCCAGCUGGAACAGGCCUUGUCUUUUACCUUUCUCUUUUCAUUUUCCAUCCAGAAUUUUUCCUUUCUAUUUUCAUGAUGUCUUCCUGGUCAGUGAUCCCCUAUCUGCCAGCUGUUGCCAUAGUAACUGUGAUAUUCUCUUCACUGCUGUGGAAUUUUAAACUGAUUAUAAAUGUACUGUGCUGACAUAUGGAAUAUCUCCAGUUACAUGUUGGGAAAACAAUCUGGUGUGUUAUUAUAAUGGAAAAAUAUGUAGUGUUCACUAAAAUGGACAUACGAAUAACCUAUCCCAACACUUGCAUGACUGUUACAGUUUCUUCUUAGAUGUUUGCACACAUUUCUUGAAACAACAUCUGAUGAUGUCAAAACAGCUAAUACAGUACUCCAUUAACACCACUCAAAACCUCAAAAAUAUUACCCAAACUAUCAGUUAUCAAAAGCAAAUGUUUCCAUUAAAACAAUACACAAGGAAAUUAAUUGCACGGAGCUGCUCUAAAUUAACAACACUUGUUGAAAUUAUGCUUGUUCUUGCCUCUGUCAGUAACUUGAGACCAAGUUAUUAAUAUGUUUACUUUAACAAAAGUAAAAAAGAUCUGUCCAUUGUAGAAAUAUUUUUGCCCAUAAAUUUGCUAUUGCUGUUGUGUGUCUCUUCUUUUGACAUAAAGUAGUCUCACAAAUGU